AACUCUUGAUCAGUCACAUUGUGUUAUCAUCCGAUGUGUACCUACGCUCGCCGGCUAGCCAGGUCGAGCCCUAAGGUAGCUAGCCAACCUGCUAUUGUUGGACCUCUCGAACUCUUCCACAGCCUGGUCUGGUUCGGAGCGAAUCAAAGCAGCGGAUUAGUAUAAGCCCCUUCACUUUGGGCCCCUGCGACUCACCUGAACCAAGGCCAGUUCCCAAGACCAGGUAGCCCGAGGACAUGGCCUCGAGGCAUCACGAUAAUGGUCGCACGCUGCUGGUGAGGUCGAGCCAGACGGCCUCCUAGAACCAACAUACAUCCUUUCGCCCACCAACACAGAUAUCAGCCAUCAUGGGGUGAAGCUGGAACUGCCGAUGGCUCUUGUAUAGUUGCCUGCUGGGAGAUAAAUAGGCUCAAGGGGCCUCGUCAGGAUUGAGUCGACAGACACAUCCCAAGUUUACUACAUCCUGUUAUCCUGCGCUUUCUUUCCCAACUUUUCUUCUUUAGCUGCCUUCUCUUCUGUUGUUCUGCACAAUGUCGCAAAGAAACCCCAUGUUCUGGAGGGCCUAUGGCAUCAACGAGUUGGUUAUCAACGAAACGCGUGAUGUCAAUGGACAACCACAGACUACCAGCAAGGAGGAAAACUCUUGGACGUAUACGUUGGUCGCAUCUUCCAUCAACCUCGGUCUCAAGAUUCUCGAGACGCCCCAGGGCCGGGAGGCACUAGAAGACCUAGGCAGACACGUCGUUCAAGGGUGGCAUCAGCUCGGCGUGCACCAGUUCGGAGGCAAUGUCAACCAUAUGCGGGCAUAUGUUGACCACUUCCUCUCCGCGCUGAGGCAAUCGUUCCCAAACACCUUUGUCGCUGACAUUGGCGGACCUGACGUCCUGGCUCAUGCCCAGCGAAUGCCUCCCUCUCCCGUGCCGGGGGCUUCGUGGGACGGGAACCUUUUGGCAUACGAGCCGAAGAAAGCAAUAGGACUAUAUUUCAACUUGCCCAGAGUUGCCGACAUGGUUGGUGCAACUUCAGUCAUCUGGCUGGAUCGUGCGAGGGACGACCAGCGGGCCCGCAGAGAGCGCGCUAGGAUGCUCAACCGGCACAAGGAUUUCCAAUUCAUGUUUGGCGUCUCGACUGCCCACGAGCUCUGUCAUGCCUUUGUGAGCUAUCUCAGCCAGGGCAGUCCGUCAAUGCUCUCCUACACUCCCCCCAACGUAUCAUAUCUCAACUACGGGGUUCAGUACAGUGAUACAAACGCAGAGAAUGGAGAGUCGGGGCGAUGGUUCGAGCGCAGGCUCUUUGGCGGCUCUCUAGAAUUCUACCGUGAUGAUACCGACGACCACGGACAGGUCGGCAUGCUCCACGUCCUUGACCCAAACGCCAAUGCCUUUCGAGUUAACCCUGCUUUCAUAAGACAGGCCGUGGAGGAUCCUACCCGCUUUCAGUUUCCCUUGCCCGUUGUGGGAGCGGGUAUUUCCGAGCGAGAUCGUCAACGCCGAGGAAUGCGAAGCCUUGGGAGCACCUACAGCGGCGGACCUCUACCUGCCGGGCUUAUGUACAUGAGGGCCCGCCGUGUUGGACCCGAGCUGAGCUAUAAUGUCUCGGAAGAGCAGCUGCAGAUUAUCCCAGCCUCGCCAAGGCCUCUGCGAGCGCAGAGGGUUUUCCUAGCCGGCGCCGGCGCAUGCGUGACCACCUUUGAAGCCAUGUAUAGGAUCCAACCCGACAGUCUAACUGCGCUCCCGCUCCAGCAUGAUCUGAUCACGGCCAACACGCAAGGGUGGUGGAACUGGAAAACCUUGGAUGCUAAGAUGAAAUUGGGGUUUGAGAUGAAUUGCAGCGGGAGGGUACUUGUUUUAAAAAACGGGAAGUUGGAUAUCGAGAUUGUGAGGGCACAAUAUCAUGCGUGCGAGCUCUCCUGGCAGCGUUGA